AUGAUGCCCACCGCAACCUCCAUCCUCGACGACGCCGCCGUCGGCCAGUUCCCCUGCUCCCUAACGCUGCGAGUCCCCCUGCCCACGGCGAGGCUCGCCUCCACGGCCCUCGAUGCGCUCCGAGUCGACGCCGAACUCUCUCCCCUCGUUCGACGCCAACUCUCGGUCGGCAGCGACGCCGAUUCCGCCUCGGUCGCGGCCCCCGAGCCUCGGGUCCUGCACGUAGCGUACCAGGCCACCACCAACCGCAUGCUGCGGGUGGCUGUCAACUCGUUCAUGGAUAGUCUUCAGCUCGUCCUCGACGUCAUGGAGCACCUCGAUGUCGACGUGCUGCCUCACGAGGCAGGCCAACAGCCGCCAAGUUAG